AUGUCAUCGGGAUCACAUUUAAGCAAAGAAUUACAUGAUCUGGUCAAGUCAAUAGGAGAGACUCGUAGCAAAUAGGAAGAAGACAAGAUCAUCAUUAAAGAAGUUCAAUAAUUAAAGACGAAACUAAAUGAGAAGAACAUGCCACCAAAAAAAGUGAAGGAAAUGCUUAUUAGGGCAAUCUACAUAGAAAUGUUGGGUCAUGAUGCAUCUUUUGUACACAUCAAUGCAAUUCAUCUCACGCAAUUGGGCUAUUUGUGUUGUUCCUUAUUUUUGGAUAAUGAUAGUGAGCUACUUAUAUUGUUGGUGGCCACACUCCAAAAAGAUUUGGCAUCGACCAAUGUUCAUGUUGUAGUCAAUGCUCUUACUGCAGUUGGAAAAUUAAUAAGCAAGACUUUUGUGAAUGCAUUGACAGAACCUGUAUUAAAAUUAUUGACUCAUAACACUGACAUUGUGAGGAAGAAAGCAUUGAUGGUGAUGUAGAUUAUUAGAUAGUUGAACUAGGAUUGCAUCACAGAAUAAGAUUAUGAUGAUAGAAUCAGAAGGGGAAUCCAAGACAAAGAGCCAAGUGUUAUGGGAGCAGCCUUCAAUCUCAAUGAUGAAGAAUUAAAGAGAGGCUCUGUUAAUAAGUACAAACCAUUGACAGGUACUUUUGUUUCAAUGCUCAAAUAAAUUAUAGAGCAUAAACUACAUAAGGAUUAUGAUUAUCAUAGAUUUCCUGCUCCUUGGUUAUAAAUAAAGUUGCUUCAAAUCCUUACUAUUUUGGGAGCCAAUGAUUUGAAAGUCAGCGAAUAGAUUUAUGAAGUAUUGGGAUCAACUUUAAGAAGAGCUGAUGACACAACUAUCAAUAUAGGUUAUGCUGUGACUUACCAAUGUGUUAAAUGCAUCAGUGGAAUUUACCCUCAACAAGGUCUUCUUGAAUAAGCAGCUAAUUCUGUAUCUAGAUUUUUGAAAUCUGACAACAAUAAUCUUAAAUAUUUAGGAAUUAAUGCCUUAACUUAGAUUGUUUCUAUUUCAUAGAAGUAUGUAUUAGAACAUCAAAUGACAAUUGUUGAUUGCUUAGAAUCUAAUGAUGAUACUUUAAAGAAGGAGACUUUAGAAUUACUAUUUAAAAUGACAAAUGAAUAAAAUUGUGAAGUCAUUAUUCAAAAAUUGAUUCAUUUUCUCAAAACAAGUUCAGAUACUAAUUUCAAAAAGGAUUUGUUUGUCAAAGUAUCUUUACUAAAUGAAAAACAUGCACCUACUCAGGAAUGGUUCAUUAAGACAGCUAACACAUUAUUUGAAUUCGGAUCUGAAUUCAUUGAUAAUGAUGUCAGAAACAAUUUCUUUAAAUUAUUGAUAGAUAAUUUUAAUGAUAUUGGAACUGAAUUUGGUAUGUUCAUUACUGAAAUCUAUUCUGAUCUAUUAAAAAAUGAUUUGUAAGAUAAUAUUUUGAAAAUUGUUUGUUGGGUUAUUGGUGAAAUUGGAUCAUAAAUCUAUGAUUAAGAUCCAAAUAAAUUGAAUGAAUUAACUCAAUUAGUAAUCUUGAAAUUAGAUUCACAAUUAGAAUCAGAAACAACCAUAUCUUGGAUAUUAACAUGUUUGGCUAAAUUACAAUCUGCAAGAGCAUUUUAAAUGUUUGAUUAAACCAGAGCCAUCUUUUAAAAAUAUAUGCAAUCAAAAAACUUAGAUUGCUAAUAAAGAGCCAUCGACUUUUAUACUCUUGCUAAAUUUAAUGCAGCACUAAAAGGUUCCAAAGAUACCACUGUGGAUCCCAAAAUGUCAUUCUUAGAUGCGUAUGUCUAAUAAGAAAGAUAGCGAGGAGCUUAACCAUAUAAUCCAUCAUUACAAGUUAAAGCAGCUGCUUUAGGUUCAGCAGCAGAAGUAUCUUCUCUUAACUUUGGGCCUUAUAAUGAUAAUAAAUAUGGAGGUACCAAAACUAGUACUUUUGGUGCUGGAGCUGAAGAAAAUAAAACAACAAAUUAGAAUCCAUCAGCUCCAACUAUAGCAGGACCUUGGGAUGAUACAGGUUACAACUAAAAGUAACCACCUGCUCCCAAACCUGUGAUUACAACUCCAAUGGCGAUAGGAUCAACAACAGGAAUCGGAAGUAGUGGAACUGGUUAAACAACAUCUAAAACAACUAUGCAAGCUAUGGGUAGUGGAUAAAUGGGAGUAAAUACUAAUUAAACUUAAAAUACAUAUAUUCCACCUGUCAGACCUCUACCUCCAAAAGAAGAUCCAAAUCUGAAGGAAAAGCAGAAAUUAGCAAAUCAACUGUUUGCACCCAUUUCCUAAACAUAACAACAACCUUAAUAAACUUAGAAAAAAGGAAUUUCAGCUGUGGCUACACAGAAACCUAUGAAUGCAAAUCCCAAUCCAACACAAGCACCUCAAUAAAAACCACCAGCAUAAGUUUAGAAUUUAUUAGACAUUGAUGACCCAUUGCCAUCUAAAUAACCAAUCACCGGCGUUCCUUAAGUAUAUGUGUAAUAACCAUAAAUCAUCACUCAAAAGCCAAUAGUUCCUCAAUAAUAACAACCCUAAUAAUAAUGGGCUUAACCUUCUCCUAUUUAGACAUAACCUAUUCCAUAACAAUAAACUAGAUCAUAUAUUCCAGCAAAUAUUAAUGUAGAUCAAUAUGAACAACUAUGGGAGAGAUAUCAAAAUGUUAAAGAAGUUACUUUGUAAAGCAGGAUCAAAUCUGAAUAGGAUUUCAAAAGGAUGAUCUAAACUAUUAAUAUUAAUGUCAUUGAAGUAAUUGAAUAGGAAAUUAUUUGUGCAGGUGCCAAUGCAGAAAACAAGAGUUGUGUUCUAAUUUAUGGUUGUUACAAUUCUAAUGGCUCAUUGGAUUUGAAAAUUAAUGGUACUGACCCCAAGGAUGCCGAAUACAUUUUAGCUAUUAUUAAGAGAUAAUUCUGUUGA